AUGUUGAAGCUGAACAAGACUGACAUCCUGGUGAUUUUAGCAAUCCAGGUAGCAGUUCUCCUCUGUUUCAUUUUUCACCUUCAGCACACUCCCCAGGAAAAGGUGAUUCAGAAGCAUAUCCUCAUCCUCUCCUCUUGGAGGUCUGGAUCAUCCUUUGUAGGGCAGCUCUUCAGUCAGCACCCCAGUGUUUUCUACCUGAUGGAACCAGCCUGGCAUGUGUGGGCAACUAAGUACCAAGGCAGCGCCAAGGUCUUGCACAUGGCAGUGCGGGACCUUAUUCGCUCAGUCUUCAAGUGUGACAUGUCCGUCUUUGAUGCCUAUAUGAAUGAGCACAGGAAUAAGUCUGCGCUCUUUCAGUGGGAGACCAGCCGGGCUUUGUGUUCCCCCCCUGCAUGUGACCUUUUCCAGCGCAGUGACAUAAUCUCUAAACACUCCUGCAAGAUACUCUGUGGAAAUUACCCAUUCAGCAAAGUGGAAGAGGCUUGUAAGACAUACAGCCAUGUUGUCUUAAAGGAAGUCCGUUUCUUCAACAUCAAGGUGCUUUAUCCUCUCCUCACUGACCCCUCCCUGGACCUCAGAGUCAUCCACCUGGUCCGUGAUCCCAGGGCUGUUUUCCAUUCCCGUGAGAACGUAGCAAAUGAACUUGCCCGAGACACAAAGAUUGUGGUGGGGCAUAAUAAUAUGAAGGACAUGAAGCCCUAUGCUGCCAUGAAGGCAAUUUGCAAAAGCCACAUUGACAUAUACACUGAGGUCAAGCAGCCCCUGAAAGAUCGCUACAUCUUGGUGCGCUACGAGGAUAUUGUUAAGGCUCCCUUGUCAAGAGCUGCUCAGCUGUAUCAGUUUGCAGGGCUUCCCUUCCUUCCCAGUCUUCAGUCCUGGGUGCAGCACAUCACACAUGGCCAAGGCCUCGGUACCAACGUCUUUGACACUGAUGCCAGAGAUGCAAUGAAUGUGUCACAGGCUUGGAGAAAGACUCUUUCUUAUCUCCAAACAGCAAUGUUACAAAAUAUCUGCAAGGAAGCUAUGAAAUGUUUGGGUUACCGGCCUGCUAGAUCUGAGGAUGAACAAAAGAACAUGGCAUUUGACCUCUUGGCCAAGUUGAAUAUAAAUACUGCCUGUCCAGCUUCCAGCAGUUCAAAGCAUCACAACUAG